AUGUCGUGGGUUUGUCGGAUGGAGUUUUGCUUGAUCAUGGAUCGUUCUAGGAAGUUUUCCCCGUUGUGGAAUAAUUUUGAUCUCGUGACGCCAAACAAGGUGAAGUGUCGGCUCUGCUCUACAGAGCUAUCUUAUAUCAAUAAGAGCACUUCAUCAAUGCUGAGGCAUUAUAGAGCUCGGCAUGGCAAUGAAGAAUUGGCAGAUACUCGUGAGAGUACCCCAGUUCCUAACAAGCAAGCAGUGGAUGAGGCAGUGGUCAAUAUGAUCAUCAAAGACUGUCAGCCACUCAGCUUUGUUGAAAAUGAGGGAUUCAGGGAGCUCCUGAAGCUUAUUCUACCCUCGUAUGCUCUACCAAGCAGGAAGACCAUCAAGGACUUGGUGAGCCAGAGAUAUGAGGAGGAAAAGGAGAAAACCAAAAAGGACCUCCAGAGUGCCGUUGCUGUUACUUUAACAGCUGAUAUGUGGACGUCUAUGAAUAUGGAGGCAUAUCUAACUUUUGUUUCUCAAUAA